AUGGCGAUCCGCGUGCGCGCGCAUUUUGUACGGGACGGCUGGCGAAGAUGGCAGCCGGGUCGCCAGAUCUGCGAUGAGGUUGAAAAAAAGCAGCGCACAAGCCAAAGUGAUGAUGCUCGAGUUGGCGAGGCCACAGCAGCGACGAUGACAGCUGAACCAGCAACUGCAGGAGCCGCAGCCGCGGCUGCUACGUUGCAUGACGAUAGGAGAUGCACUUUUUACAUGGUACAGAAGCAGAGACGGUGCGGUAUGAUGUGCAAGAAAGGCUGCGACAUGUGCAGCGAGCACAGUGGAUUUUCUUCGCAGGGCACCGCUGCAAGGCGGGUGCCCUGCCCGCUCGACCCCAAACACUCCGUGUGCGAGUCGAACCUGCGCAAACACCUGCUGAAAUGUAGCAAGCUGAAAUUGAGGCACGCGAACGACGACAAGCCGUACUACUGUUUGGAUUUCAACGCGGCAGCACACCGUUGCCAUGACGUCGGGGCAGGGUCCGGGGGAGAUGCCGACGGGGGCGUAAACGACGACAACGCCGAUAUCAACGAGAUAAUCGUCAAGAUGAUUCCGAUCCUGGAGGAUGUCUACUCGAAGAAUUUCGUGGACGAGCUCCCUCUGGAUGUGAAGCGCAACGACUUCAUGCUCAACGGGAGGUUCAAUCAACUGGUUGCGAACAAGAAGCAUGCGAUUCAGCAGUCGUCUCUGAUACAGCAUCUUUGCACGCGAAACUUAACCCGCAACACGUCAUUUGUGGAAUUCGGGUGUGGCAGGGCGGAGCUGUCGCGCUACGUGAAUCAAUUUGUGACGCACGAAAAUACGGCACGCUCAUCGCCGCAUUCUCAGCACUUUGUUCUCAUAGAUAGAGCUUCCAACAGAAUGAAAUUCGACAAAAAAUUCGCCGACGAUUUUGAGGAAAUGACGGGGUCUGGUGCUCCGCACCCGAUGACGCACAGAUACAGGAUCGACAUCAAAGAUCUGAAAUUGGACCCGCUUUUGCAGGAUGGCAACUAUGUGGCGAUAUCCAAACACCUUUGUGGCGUCGCCACUGACUUGGCGUUGCGAUGCAUCGCGAAUAGUGAAAAACUGGUGCAACCGGGCCAGUUGCAGCUGCAGGGACUGUGCAUCGCAAUGUGUUGCCGGCACAUCUGUGAUAGCGAAGAAUACGUUAAUCCUGCUUAUAUAAGAGAGCUAAUUCGCGAUUAUGAUGCAGAUUACACCUCUUUUUUCAGGGCACUCCAGAAAAUGUGUUCUUGGGCCACUUGCGGCAGAAAACCAGGCCUGAAAGAUGACGACACCAAUGGGCAUUUCACUCAAUUGACCGUCCAACAGAGAGAGUCAUUGGGAUUUAUGGCGCGCAGAAUUAUUGACCACGGUAGAUAUAAAUGGAUUGCUUCAAUUGUUCCACAAGAUUAUAAAGUAGAAUUGCUGCGGUACGUUCCACUGAACGUAUCGUUGGAGAACGUGGCCAUGAUCAUACAUAAAUAA